AUGCCCUCCUCUCCGUUUCUCACUGACGAAGCACAAUGGAUCUGGGUCCCAGAUUUCGACGAUACUGUCGAUCCUGGCCAAUUUGUUCUAUUUCGAAAGCCAUUUACUCUGGAGAAGCUUCCCACUGAAGAAACUGUCCUUCAUGUUUCUGCGGAUACUCGGUAUCGUUUAUUUUUGAACGGCAAACGAAUCAGUUUUGGGCCUUGCAAAAGUUAUCCAACAAGAUGGUAUUACGAGACCGUGGAUAUCACUCCAUUUCUGCGGCCUGGAAAGAACGUGUUCAGUGCAAAAGUCUUGAGGUUCUCCGUAACAACUGCGGCCGGCACAUCGAUGGCCAGGACUUCUCUACCAGGACUCAUUCUCUGGUGUCAGAUAGGGGAUCAAAAGCUUCAUACCGAUUCAACCUGGAAAGUAGCUAAAGACCAAGAAACAUCACUCCUACCAUCCUCCAAAUGGGAUUAUCGAAUGGGCCCCCCUUUUCUAAAUCUUAAUGAAGAGGUUCAUGCGGACAUUAAUUUUUUGGGAUGGGAGGAGAUCGAGUUUGAUGAUGUAUGUUGGAAAAACGCCGAGAUAAAGACCAUGAAGAGAAAGAUGUCACCGAUGCUGGAUGCAAGAAAACUCAUGCCCAGGCCAAUACCUCAUCUUCCUGAAAUAUCUCGGCGAUUUGACAAUGCAGUAACAUGCUCUGGAAAUUCGAGCUUGAGCGACUGGAAAAUGCUACUACAGAAUGAUAGACCUAUGAAGUUAGAGGCCGGUGCAAAUACUGUCGUUGAAAUCGAAUCGAACACUUUGACUACUGGAUCUCCUUGA